AUGGACUCACCCACACGGGUCGUCCUCGAGACAAACAACACCGUUGCUGGGGUGAAACGAUCUGCUCCGGGCCCUUUGCUACCAGCGUUCGAGCCUCAAUCUUCACCUCCAUGCUUCAAAAGACAUAAAUCUCGCGUCCUAUCAGAAGAACACGAAAACAGAUAUCCGACACCUGUCCCUUCUUCGUCGUCGCAGAGGAUUCAAUCAUCUCCGCCUCCACAUCCCAGUGUCGCUGCACGCAAACCCCUCCUCGCCAGAAGCCAAUCCACUCUGACCGAGCGUGCUCCGCUAUCCGCACUGCCAUCCAUCACUCUUCCCGAAAAUGGUGAACCAGUUCUACUUGGCAGGUCCAGCAAUUCAUCUCACUAUCAGCUUUCUGCAAACAGACUAAUUUCACGCGUCCAUGUCAAGGCGCAAUACCUGUCCUCUUCAACACGGCCCAUGGUCGAGAUUCAAUGUAUGGGAUGGAACGGCGUAAAAAUUCACUGUCAAGGUCAAGCAUGGGAGCUUUCUAAGGGGGAUGUCUUCACGUCUGAGACGGAGGAUGCAGAGAUCAUGUUAGAUGUUCAGGAUUCUAGAGUUGUCUUGGCAUGGCCAGUACCAACUCAGGUCCGCCGGGCCCGUUCGUCAAGCACCUCUACUAUUGGCACACCGACUCGUGCUAGAGUGUCCAGAAGUCCUUCAAUUGGAUGGGCUGAUGAUAACGAUGAAAAUAUCGACCCUCUUGGUAACAAUGAACGUACUGAUCGUCGUCUGUUCAAUAUUUCUACUGAAAAGCAAAAUCGUUCCCCUAUUCCUCCUAGGAGAGGUUUGGGGAACACUGGUGCCAUAUUCGAAUCGGAUCCGCAUAUGACAGAUACUUUCCUGGAAAUAUAUGAAGACGAACCAGUGGCAGAUUUCGUUAAUGAGGAGGUAAAUGAGGAAGAGGAAGAAGAGGAUGAGCAGGACGAUGAGCAGGGGGAUGAGGAUGAGGACCAUAUAGAGCUUCCUGGACCAUUGGAAAAAGAGGAUGCUUCAUCGGCUGCCGCCAAACUACUGAUGGCCCCGGGAGAUGAAACUGAUGAUGAUGAAGAGCUGAAGCAAUUGUUAGCUGAGAAUGAAUCGGAUGAAUCAGAGGAGGAGGAAGAGGAGGAGAGGGAGGAAGAGCCGAUCUUACAUAGCUAUGCACCGGAACCUAUACUUCCACCCAUGGCUAGGUUCUCUACCAAGGAAUCACUCUAUGCCCCUCCAGCAACUCCGGCAACUUCCUCGACUAUCCGUGCAGUAUCUGCUUUGCCUUCUUCUCCUAUACAACGCCGUAGUGCCUCAACCUCUCCUAACAAGACUAAUACUGUCCAAAACCACAUCAUCAAUCAGCUUGCCUUCUCACGUCUGUCAUCCACCUCGCUCACGAUUUUAAUGUCUCAUCUUCCAUCCGCUUUGGCAGCUUCCAUCACCAAGGAGCGUUUAGUCCAGAUUACGAGCAACAUUGAUUGCAUUGGAGAAAUCAAGCGUACUGGCAAGGAUGCUGCAGGAAAACCUCUGCAGAGCGAAUACUACUAUAUCCCCGACCAGGAUACUGAUGAAGGUCGACGUGCUGCGGUUGUUGAGGGGAUGGGGAGAGUAGGGUUGAGGUCUUGCAGAAAGUCCCACAAGCAAUACUACUGGAGGAAGCCAAAGAAGCCAACCUACUAG